UCAGGGUAACGUGAUGCGCCCUGACGUCAGCAAAGGGCUAGCGCUCCUCGAGCAGUCGGUAACGUUUCUUGGUAGCAUUUGUCGGUGUAUUAUCGAGUGCAAAUGGAGGUGACAGUCACGAUGGACCCGCUGUUUCUGGCCUGGAGCUGCUGCAGGAGACGGAAGUUCCAGAGAUGCUCCGAUAUUUGCUCAAAGCUCUUAUCAGAAAGCCCGUAUGACCAGGCGGCGUGGAGCUUGAAGACCCGGGCUCUGACGGAGAUGGUGUACAUCGAUGAGGUGGAGGUGGAUCAGGAAGGCAUCGCUGAGAUGAUGUUGGAUGAGAGCUCCAUCGCUCAGGUGGCACGUCCAGGAACAUCACUGAGACUUCUGGGAACGAGCCAGGGCGGAGCGCCCACUCCAGCUGUCAGACCAAUGACUCAGUCAGGACGUCCCAUCACAGGAUUUGUGAGACCUAGUACACUGUCUGGUAGACCAGAGACGAUGGAGCAGGCCAUCAGAACGCCUCGAACAGCAAGCACAGCCCGUCCGGUCACCAGCGCUUCUGGGAGAUUCGUCAGGCUGGGAACGGCCUCCAUGCUAACAAAUCCAGAUGGGCCAUUCAUUAACCUUUCUAGGUUAAACUUGGCAAAGUACGCCAAGAGACCGAACUUGUCCAAGACCUUGUUUGAAUACAUCUUUCAUCAUGAAAAUGAUGUAAAAAAUGCAUUAGAUCUGGCUGCUCUGGCCACGGAGCACGCUCAGUUCAGAGACUGGUGGUGGAAAGUACAGCUGGGAAAAUGCUAUUACAGACUCGGUUUGCACCGUGAAGCUGAGAAGCAGUUCCGAUCAGCUCUCACUCACCAAGAAUUUGUGGAUACUUACCUCUACCUUGCAAAGGUGUAUCAGCGUCUGGAUCAGCCCAUCACGGCUCUGAAUGUGUUUAAGCAAGGCUUGGAUCACUUCCCAGCGGAGGUCACGCUGCUCACGGGAAUCGCACGCAUCCAUGAGGAAAUGAAUAACGUGAUCUCGGCCACAGAGUACUACAAAGAAGUCUUGAAGCAGGACAACACACAUGUGGAGGCCAUCGCCUGUAUUGGCAGCAAUCAUUUUUACACAGACCAGCCAGAGAUCGCCCUGCGCUUUUACAGGCGUUUGCUGCAGAUGGGGGUGUUCAACUGCCAGCUGUAUAACAAUCUGGGCCUGUGCUGCUUCUACGCCCAGCAGUAUGACAUGACCCUGUCGUCCUUCGAGCGAGCAUUAGCCCUGGUGUCCAGUGAUGAGGAACAGGCUGAUGUCUGGUAUAAUCUGGGACAUGUUGCAGUGGGCAUUGGUGACUUGACUCUGGCUUACCAAUGCUUCAAACUGGCCUUGGCUUUCAACAACAACCAUGGUGAAGCUUACAAUAACUUGGCCGUAUUGGAGCUACGGAAAGGCCGGAUUGAGCAGGCGAAAGCUUUUCUGCAGACGGCUGCUUCAUUGUCUCCUCACAUGUAUGAACCACAUUUUAACUUCGCCACACUCUCUGAUAAGGUUGGAGAUCUUCAGAGUAGUUACACGGCUGCUCAGAAAUCAGAGGAUGCGUUUCCUGAGCAUGUGGACACUCAGCAGAUCCUGAAAAACCUCAGACAGCAUUUUGCCACUCUAUAAGAUGAUUUAACUCUUAUCACUUCAAUGUUGGGAGAUGCAAAUGACAAAAGACUGGCAUGUACAUGUAUGUUUAUCAUUUAAAAAACAAAAUAAAUAAUAAAAAUGA